AUGAAGUUUCUCAAACCAUUUAUGAAAAACAGAAAUACUGUUGGAAAUCCCACUUCACCCCUUGAAGAAAGUCAACUGGCCACUUUACCCUGUGAAGAAAGUCAGUUGGAAGAGUUUGAUAUUCCGCCAUCCGAUGAACCCAGAAUUGAAGCAACAAAUGAUGGUGAACCAACUGAAAAUGUCGCUCGUAAAAGAUUUAAAAAAUCCACGAUUUCUAAUGAUCCUGUUAUGCGAAAGUUUAUUGAGGACAGUGACAAGAGAGCAAAAAAGAGGGAUGAAUUACGUCAGAAUCUUGUUGCAGAAACACAAAAGCAAGAAGAAUUAAAAAAUGAUGCUUUGUAUCAGUUUUUUAUGUCAAUGUACAACAUAACUAAAGGUCUUCCAACAAAUUACCAAAGAGAAGUCAGAAGGAAUUUGUUUCAAGCUGUUUCUGAUGCCGAAGAUAAAGCUGAGGAUGAAAUCACAGACAAAUGUGAAGUUGACCAAACUUAUCAGAUGAACACACAACGUGCUAUUUCAAUAACACCCCAGCCUACUAGUUCAUUAUCUUGUGCCUUAAAGCAAGGAUUCCCUGAUUUUUUCUGCAUUGAAUUCGACAUCGAUUAG